UACUGUAGAAGUUUAUAACGUUAAUAUAUAGGACAUUACCCAGUCGUGUGUUCAUACCUAACAGCUAGAGCUGGCAGAUGCAGCAAGGCGUUUGUGGUACAGAGAUAAUUAAUUUAUUAUUUUCGUCACUUAUAAGCUUAAUAGCCAUUUGGGCGGCCUAUCCAGUUCUAGUACAAGAGGAAACCAGGACCAGGAAACCUGUGAUAGUUGGAAGGGUAAUACUGGAUAAACACCCUUCUCACUUGUGUCUGGGCUGAAGCUCGAAACCUUGAUAAGUUGUUGUAUUCGCAAUGGACACAAAUGAGAGCUCAAAGUUUGCUGAACUCCAGCAACGUCUGAAAGAGGCGGAGAAGAACACCAUCCUCGCCGCUACAUAUGGCAAGGAACUUUUAGAGGAGAAUCAUGAACUUCAUACCAAACUUGAAAAUGUAAUAAAAGAAUAUGCAACUAAGAUAGAGGCAAUGGAACAGGAGAAAUAUAGCCUCUCCCAGAAAUUAGAGACACAUUUGCAUACAGAACGUUCCUUGGCACUGGAGUUAGAGCAGCUUCGUGAGCAACACAAUAUACAGAUAGAGUCGAUGGAAGCAAAGGCAACUCUUAACCAUGAUCACGAACACCAGCAGCAUGUUAAGAAGGUGUCCAAUAUGGAAGCAACCAUAGAGAACCAACAGAUGGAGUUAAGCCAAAUGAAAGAACGCAUGGUUCUCCAAGAAGCACAGCUCAAGGAAGCACAAGAGAGACUCGACAUGUGUAACUCCUCCAUUCAUGAGCAGUCAACUGAUGAGGCUACAGCAACUAUGCAGAGUCAGAUUAUGACCUUGACAUGUGAAAAACAAGAAUUAGAGGUGCAAGUGUCAUCCCUUACUGCUCUUAAAAAGGCUGACAAGUACAGACUAGCAAAGGCUGAGAAGACUGUAUCAAAAUUGGAAGCAGAAGUAGAAGAGAAGGAAUGUCAGUGUACUUCGUAUUAUAAUGCAUUGGAGAAAAACAAGGAGGAAAUGCAAGAGCUAAAUAUGGAAAUAGAAAGUCUAAGGCUGGCUGAGACAGACCCAGCCAGGAAGGGAAACUCUCUCUUUGCUGAGGUUGAGGAUCACAGGCAAGCUAUGGAGAAACAGCUCCUAAAGUACAAGACUAACUACACGAUAGUGAAGAAACAAUGUGAACUGAAAGCUCAACAGAUUCAUAAAAUGAAGCUGCAGGUGGCUUCCUUAUUGUGUUUGAGUAACAACAGAGUAGAUGGAGAAUACCUUACCCACCUGGAGGAAUCACUAGCCUCUACAAGAUCCCAACUAGAGAUAUUUACAAAGCGUUGUCAGGAACUUGAAACUCAGCAGGUUACUCGUACUACUGCUGUUAUACCUAAUAUGGAAGGAGUAGAUGAGGACCAGGAUACAAAUUCUUUCUUCCAAAAUAUGUAUGGAAAAAGUCAGAAAAAAAUUGCUGAGCUUGGUCAAGAGUUGCACACAGCACAGUUUGACAAAGUAGUGUUAAGUGACCAAAUACUACAGUUACAGCGAAAGCUUCGCCAGGCUGAAGGAGCAAGAGAUGCAACAAAUGCUGAAAUAAUUAGGUUGACGGUGAAACUGGAAGAAAUGGCUUCAGAGAAAAACAGAGAGAUAAGUCCAGGUUCACAAGAAGUAAAGAGGGUAGUAGAAAAAAUUCCUGGCUUUGAAAAGCUCUUUUCAACUGCACAAACUCAAAUUUCACUUCCUAUGGAGACGGUGCCACUGAAGGAGAAAUUGGUGAACCCAAACACAAUGCAAGAAGUAGAAAGACAAACCAAAAGUAUAGAUGCAAAUUCGGGCAAUGGAGUGGACUUGAGUCCAAGCAAGGUUGCAGCUAAUCAAGAGAAUGAAAUUCCAUCUGUACAAGAGCUCAAGAAAAGGCAAAAGAAAUCUGUUCAUAUGACUGAAACUGUUACUGUUCAGGAAUACAAUGGUGAUGUGCAAGAACUGAAAAUGAAAAUAGAUGAUGGGGAGAAGAAAGUAGAGAGGAAGCGGAAGGCGAUGAGGAAGAUGGAGGCCCCUCCGGUGGAGAGUAACGAACAACUUGAUGGGUGUAAGCAACAGUAAUUGUUGCCUUUCCUGAAUAUAUACAAGUGGUCCCCGGGUUACGAAUGGGUUCCGUUCCAGAGGACGUUCUUAUGUCGCAUUUGUACGCAAGUCGGAACACAUGCUAUGUGCAUACUGUACUUAGAGAACAAUGUUUAAAAUCCCACUAUAUUACAGCCCAAGUCCUUAUAUACUGUUAAGUUGUAAAGUCAUACUCUAGUUUUUAUUUUACUUGCCAAACAUAGCUGCAAUAUUAACUGUAAAUUAAAGAGGAAUGUUUGAAUAAUAUACUUAUAAAUGCAUCUUGAAAGCAAUAUUUUUAAGCACAGCAGAGCCUUGGUGUUUGCACAAUUGUCCUUUACAGUAAAUUUAAUCAGACACAGUUUGUGAUUUGUUUUUAUGUUAUUAAAUUUUUUAGGAAAAAAUCACAAACAGUGCAAAACCAAGUUUAUUAUGGAUACUUUUUAAUGUAUUUUAUAGUUCAAGUCCCUAGCCCUAUUUUCCCCCUUACCUUUUAAGUUUGUGGCCCAAGAGGAUUUUUAAAAUCAUAAUCCGUGGAAAAAGCAAAGCACUGUUGUAUAUACAGUAUGUCCCCCAAAGUUCGCUGAUUUUUACUUCGUGGUUCUCGGUUUUUUGUGGGUGACACCCUGGAUCUACCCUUUAUGUGUUUGCCUUUGGGACAAGUAUUUCUUGGGAAAUACUCUUAAAUAAUCAAACAAAUUUAUUAAAAAUUUAACAGUCUACCCUCAAGUCCGUGCUUUAUUACUAUAUUAAGAGAGCAUGGACUUGAGAGUAGAUUGUCACAUUUUCAAUAAAUUUGUUUCUGAUUAUUUGUGAGAGGAUUUUCCAAUUUUUAUUUAUUUGUAUAUGUUUUGUGUGUGUCUACACACACACACACAUACAUAUAUAUAUACAAUACUACAGGUAAAAGAAGUAAUUGACCUGAGGGAAAACACAAAGUGAAUAUACAAUAAAUUUUUUUGUACACAAGUAAAAAU